GUCCUCCGAACUUUGCCACCAAAAAAUGGCGACCUCCAUGCUGUGCAGGAGGACAGCAAUAUUUAGCUGGGCUAUUCGAAUGGUUUCACCCUUAAAAUCGUAUAAUCUUGCCAGCUCACACUGUGGGCUUCUACACCAGAUAGCAAAUUAUAACCCUAAACCACUGAAAUUAAAUUUGAAAGAUGUAUACAUACCAGAUAGGGAAAGCGAGAAAACUCCGGAAUGGCAGAAGACAGCGAAGUAUGACCGCAAGCUAUUCGGGCGGUAUGGCUCUUCGUCGGGAAUCGACCCUGCAAAGCUGUGGCCCAGCCAUGCCCAGCUCGAGGAGAUGAUAGCAGAGGAGAGGGAAUGGAACCCUCCGCUCCAGGUGAUGCUGAAGAACGUCGAGGCGAAAACGAAGGAAGCCAAUGCGAAACGUCUCGCGAGAGAGAAACUGGUUGCAUCCAAUAUGGCCAAGAUGCCUAAGAUGGUGGCUGACUGGAGGAAGGAAAAACGUGAGGCGAAACAGAAGUUGAAAGAUGAGAAGGCGCGUCGUGAAAGGCUGCUAGCCGAGGCCAGAGAACGCUUUGGCUAUGCUAUGGACCCCCGAAGCCCCAAGUUCCUGGAGAUGGUCAGUGAAAUCGAAAAGGAGGAGAAGAAGAAAAGGAAGCUGAUGAAACGUAGACUAAAAGAAGAACAGAGCCACAUCCCUGCUGCUGCUUCCUCGGCUGAUUCCUCGUCUUAAGGCACUGACUUUGACCAUGCCCCAGGACUACCUGACAUGAUGACUCCUUGCUGUCCCCAGUCCACCUGGCCAUGCUGCUGCUCCAGUUUCAACUGGCCUGGGCCCUAGGACCAUGUCCCAGGACUACCUGACAUGAUGACUCCUUGCUGUCCCCAGUCCACCUGGCCAUGCUGCUGCUCCAGUUUCAACUGUUCUGCCUUACUAUUAUUCAACCAUGCUGGUCAUUUAUGAACAUUUGAACAUCUUGGCCACGUUCUGUUAUAAUCUCCACCCGGCACAGCCAGAAGAGGACUGGCCACCCCACAUGUGCUCUCUCUAAUUCUCUCUUUCUUUCUCUCUCUCGGAGGACCUGAGCCCUAGGACCAUGCCCCAGGACUACCUGACAUGAUGACUCCUUGCUGUCCCCAGUCCACCUGACUGUGCUGCUGCUCCAGUUUCAACUGUUCUGCCUUAUUAUUAUUCGACCAUGCUGGUCAUUUAUGAACAUUUGAACAUCUUGGUCAUGUUCUGUUAUAAUCUCUACCCGGCACAGCCAGAAGAGGACUAGCCACCCCACAUAGCCUGGUUCCUCUCUAGGUUUCUUCCUAGGUUUUGGCCUUUCUAGGGAGUUUUUCCUAGCCACCGUGCUUUUACACCUGCAUUGUUUGCUGUUCAGGGUUUUAGGCUGGGUUUCUGUACAGCACUUUGAGAUAUCAGCUGAUGUACGAAGGGCUAUAUAAAUAAAUUUGAUUUGAGGUAUGUAAAAACAAAAUGCACAAAAAUAAGCUUUUUGUGCAUAUGGAAAAGGUGUAUCUUUGAUUUUGGCUCAUGAAACAUGGGACCAACACUUUACAUGAUGCAUUUAUAUUUUUGUUCAGUGUAUGAGAUAUGAUUAACAUAAAACAGUCAGAUCCAAAGACACAGGGAUUUUAAUUGGUUAAAGUUAGGUUCUAGUUACAGAGGGAUGAGGCUAGGCAUGGGGUUAGCAAACCACCAUCCAGAACCAUAUGAAAUCGGCAGGCUGUAUAUAGUGUACACCAGAAAUUCAAAGUCUUGAUUUUGAGAGUUGGUCUGAGACCAAGUAAAUGCAGGCUUGGUCUGGUCAUGGUCUCAAUACCCUCAGUCUGACUCAAUAUGUUAAAAAUACCUGAAUAUCAUUGCAACCAUAAGGUGUCAGUUUCCCGGACACAGAUGAAGCCUAGUCCUGGGUUAAGCAUGUUCAAUAGAGAAUCUCCAUUAGAAAAUAUAUUUUUAGUCCAGGACUAUGCUUCAUCUGUGUCUGGGAUACUGGCCCCAAGAGUUUAGGUGUACACCCUACAAUUAGAUCAUGUAUGUAUUAUAGGUUUUGUGUAUUUGUAUGCUGACUUCACAAAAUUAAUUUCAGUGUAAAAAUAUUUAUCCCCUGGCCUUACAUAGUGCACACUGUUGUGCAGACCGUGUAUGUAACCUUUAUUUAACUAGGCAAGUCAGUGAAGAACACAUUCUCAUUUACAAUGACAACCUACUGGAGAACAGUGCCUUGUUCAGGGGCAGAAAGACAGAUUUUUACCUGUCAGCUUGGGGAUUCAAUCCAGCAACCUUUCAGUUACUGGCCCAACGCUCUAACCACUAGGCUACCUGCUGCCCCAUGAUUGACACUGGGUGAGAUGUCAUGAUCCACUGAUUAAGUUCAAGGAAGUAGCAGGUAAGUUUAUACACAGUAUACAAAACAUUAAGAACACCUUCCUAAUAUCUGAGUUACACCUCCUUUAGCCUUCAGAACAGCCUCAAUUUGUCAGGGCAUGGACUCUACAAGGACUCUACAAGGUGUCUAACGCGUUCCACAGGGUUGAUGGCCAAUGUUAACUCCAAUGCUUCCCACAGUUGUGUCAAUUUGGCUGGAUGUCUUUUGGGUGGUGGACCAAUUCUUGAUACACACAGGAAACUUAAAUGUGAAAAAUCCAGCAGCGUUGCAGUUUUUGACAAACUGGUGCGCCUGGCACCCAGUACCAUACCCUGUUCAAAGA